ACAAAGGACUGGGAAAGAAGAAAUGUACCUCCACAAAAUUGUUUGAUGUCAAAGUGAAAGCGAAAGACAGCACACUGAACGAAGAAGAGAUGGCUAUCCUGAAUCAGACCAUUUCUGCAGACCCAGUGGAGAAGGCCAAGUUUUGUCUGACCUGCCGAGUCAAGGCAGCCCUUUAUGAUGUCGACCGGGGCUUGAAGGAUGACUCGCAUUUGUUCCUUGGAACAGACAAACAUGACAAGAGGAACUUGGAACUGAUUACAUCUGACCACGAGCUGAAACAACUGACAAGAUCCUGCCAGUCGAGACAGACAAAAUGCCACAGGAGAAGCAUCUCCAAGCCCAGCUCAACUACCUGCUGGGUUUGGUCAAGAAAAAGAAGCAGGGAAACGAGAGCUUGA